CGAUGGGGCUGGGCGAAGGGGCGGGUUCUGCGCCUGGGGCCCUGCCGCUCCGCCAGCUUCGCGGCCCAGCCCCGCGAUCGGGGAUUGCUGGGCUGCCCUGUGCCGGUUUGGGUUGGCCGGCAGUGGGCGAGGAUACCGGGAUUGGAAGAGAAGCAGCGUCAGCCCGUGGAUUCUGAAUCCGCAGAGCCAGAGACGCGUUCCUCCAACGCCACCACCGAGACAGAGGCUGCACGAGACUGCAGCCCCUGGGGAGCGCCAGGGUCUCUAGCCGCGGCGUCCAGCGAGCCAGGGUUCGGCGAGCCUUUCCAGCCAGCGCCCGGCCGGGCGGGAGGAGCUGCGGAGGGCGGGGACUGGUGCCGGAGGAGGGGCGGGGUGGGAACGCUCCCGAGAACACCGUGGCUGCACGGACAAAAAACACCGAGUGGCUGCAGAGCGUUCAACUGUAUCCAGCCUUUUGGGGCAGAGCACGGAUUUGACAGCUCCACGGCUUGAGGAUAUCCGCUGACCCCGAGAGACGGAGAGGAACACUUCCCCGACACUGUCCAGCAAAGCCAGCUCUGUAAGGUUUCAACUUUCCAACUUUUUUUUUUUUUUUUUUUUUUUUUGUCUGACUAGAAGACUGCUACUCCGGGUAGAAGGAGAGGGCGAGCUCUGUCUGGUAGAUCGAAGACAUUUCUGGUACCAAUGUCACCCAGGCUUAUGUUUUCGUGACGAUUCGAUUUUUCUGAUUUAUUUCUUACAUUUCUCGUUUUAAAAAUACGAAGUGCUGUGGUGGACAUGCUGAAAGAUUGAAGAGGGCAGGAAAAAAAACUCCAGUUGUCAUGGCUGAAGGAGAGAAUGAAGUGAGAUGGGAUGGACUGUGCAGUAGAGAUUCAACUACUAGAGAGACCGCACUGGAAAACAUUAGGCAAAUCAUCGUGAGAAAAACCGAGUGUCUUCGUUUGGUGAAAGAGACACCUUAUCGUCCAUCAGAAGGCCUUUCAAAUGCCAUUUCUUUGGAUGGGUUGAAUAAGCUUCUUGCUCAUCUGCUUAUGCUUUCUAAGAGGUGUCCCUUUAAAGAUGUAAGAGAGAAAAGUGAGUUUAUUCUGAAGAGCGUCCAGGAACUUGGAAUUAGAAUUCCUCGACCACUAGGACACGGACCAAGUAGAUUCAUCCCAGAAAAGGAGAUUCUCCAAGUGGGGAGUGAAGACGCACAGAUGCAUACUUUAUUUGCAGAUUCUUUUGCUGCUUUGGGUCGUCUGGAUAAUAUUACCUUAGUGAUGGUUUUUCACCCACAAUAUUUAGAAAGUUUUUUAAAAACUCAACACUAUCUACUGCAAAUGGAUGGCCCAUUACCCCUGCAUUAUCGGCACUACAUUGGAAUAAUGGCUGCAGCAAGACAUCAGUGCUCCUACUUAGUGAAUCUCCAUGUAAAUGAUUUCCUUCAUGUUGGUGGUGACCCCAAGUGGCUUAAUGGUUUAGAGAAUGCUCCUCAAAAACUACAGAAUUUAGGAGAACUUAACAAAGUGUUAGCCCAUAGGCCUUGGCUUAUUACCAAAGAACACAUUGAGGGUCUUUUAAAAGCUGAAGAGCACAGCUGGUCCCUUGCAGAACUGGUACAUGCAGUAGUUCUACUCACACACUAUCAUUCUCUUGCCUCAUUCACAUUUGGCUGUGGAAUCAGUCCAGAAAUUCAUUGUGAUGGUGGCCACACGUUCAGACCUCCUUCUGUUAGUAACUACUGCAUCUGUGACAUUACAAAUGGCAAUCACAGUGUGGAUGAGAUGCAGGUCAACUCAGCAGGAAAUGUUUCGGUAAGUGAUUCCUUCUUUGAGGUCGAAGCCCUCAUGGAAAAGAUGAAGCAAUUACAGGAAUGUCGAGAUGAAGAAGAGGCGAGUCAGGAAGAGAUGGCUUCACGUUUUGAAAUAGAAAAAAGAGAGAGCAUGUUUGUCUUCUCUUCAGACGAUGAAGAAGUUACACCAGCAAGAGAUGUAUCUCGUCACUUUGAGGAUACUAGUUACGGCUAUAAGGAUUUCUCUAGACAUGGAAUGCACGUCCCAACAUUUCGAGUCCAGGACUAUUGUUGGGAAGACCAUGGCUAUUCUUUGGUAAAUCGUCUUUAUCCAGAUGUGGGACAGUUGAUCGAUGAAAAAUUUCACAUUGCUUACAAUCUUACUUAUAAUACGAUGGCAAUGCACAAAGAUGUUGAUACCUCAAUGCUCAGACGGGCUAUUUGGAACUAUAUUCACUGCAUGUUUGGAAUAAGAUAUGAUGAUUAUGACUAUGGUGAAAUUAACCAGCUAUUGGAUCGUAGUUUUAAAGUUUAUAUCAAAACUGUUGUUUGCACUCCUGAAAAGGUUACCAAAAGAAUGUAUGAUAGCUUCUGGAGGCAGUUCAAGCACUCUGAGAAGGUUCAUGUUAAUCUGCUUCUUAUAGAAGCUAGGAUGCAAGCAGAACUCCUUUAUGCUCUGAGAGCCAUUACCCGCUAUAUGACCUGAUGCCUUUCCUCCGUUAAGGAUGGUGGAACGAUCAGCAGAUAGAAUCUACAAGGGGAAGGUACUAAGCCCCAGGACCAAUGGUAGAUAAUUCAGAAAUCCAUUGUGCCAUGAUUCCUUUAGUUUCUGCUAUUUUACUGUGGAAAUACCACUGCUGGCACGAGCAGUGAGUGCUUGGCAGCUUUAAGUUUAGAGCUGUGAAGAAGGGCUGCUGUUCACAGUAUUUUGCUUUUUGAGUACAAGAUGCUGUAUAACUGUUUUAAUACAGCAAAUAGUAAUUCUCCAAAUCCUGUUGCUUUUAUGUUAAAAAUAAGAUAACAAGAAUUGGAGCAUGCAAAGAAUGGGACUUGGAUAAUGAUGUAAGCUUUUAUACAUAAAGAAUUUUAGAUAUUGGUGCUGCUAUUCUUGCUGGUGGAAUGAAUAGAGUGGCUGUUCCAGUUAAGCUAUUAGAAUAAAAGUGAACACUGCUACUAUCUGAGCCUACAUACAUAAUUUGUGUGGUUUCAAAUUAAACUUGCAUAUGUGUUAAAUUUUUUGCAUCUAAAAUUACUCACAGCUCAGCAAAGACCAUUUUGAUGGUAACAGUUCAUUUCUUUCAUUGUAGUUGUUUUUUUUUUUAAUUCAGUUAUUGGAUGACAUUAAAUUACAGUGGCAUAAUUAAAGAUUUUCUUUAAAAAGCAAUCUUAAAUCACAGUGUGUAAAUUAUAUAAGAAAAGCUAGAUAUGCUGACACAGACACUGGAGGGCAGCUGUCUUGUGCAGUAUUUUUGUUUCCAGCACCGAAGUUAUGGGAAGUGUUGCUAUAGACUGCUGCGCAGUCCCAGGUGUAUUCUGCCCCUCUGCUCCUGCCCACCUCAUGGUCCCCACUUCAAAGGUUGUGCAGCUCCUUAAAUAAUAAAGCUGGAAAAUAUUUUUAGUCAGAUUAUCAAAUUUGAUUUACAAAAAUGCUAACUUUUGAAACGCAAACAGGCUUGAAAAAAUGUAUUAAGUACUUUGUAUUCUGGAAGUGUGAAUUGCUUUUGAGGUCUGUCAGUAUUAUUGGUAUUUUUCAAUAAAGAAUAAUUUUUCUCCAA